UUAACCGGCAUGAGUUUAAAGAGGAAGAAACCAGAUUUCACAGGCAACCCAACUGCUUUAGUGCCAAACCCAGAACAGUUCUUAACUCAUCAGGUUGACCUUUUGUUAAACUGCUGACCUGUUAAUGAGGCAUGCAUCCGUUGAUAGGCCUGCAGGAAACAGCCGUGGAUGGAAGAAAAACCUUUAUUUUCUCUGUUUGGAAGCAAACAUCUAAGAACAGAAGCAGCUGUCGAAAGAGACGGUCCCGACAGCAGAACCAGUGGAAGUUCUAGCAGAGCUCAGGAACUGUUUCACAGCAGACAAGAGGUGCAGAAACAAAGAAGGUCCAGGACUAGCCAGGCAAAUGUGUGGCAGAAGAACAAGGAUCUGCAUCAAAGUUUGAUUAAAGUCAUGAGUCAGCGGGUAGCUGAGGGCUGCAGCUCCUCACAUACUGGACCCUUCACAUUUACAGAAGAGACCAGACGUGAAAUGAUGUAUAACUAUUAUAUCCAGAGAGGGAUUGGCUUGGUAAAUGUGGCUCCUUUGCAAGAUUCCUGUUUGGAGAAAAUCCAUGAACUGAUCCCUUCCGAGCUGAGCCACCUGAGCUGGGAGCAGAACCUGCUGGAUGAUGAGAUCAAGGAGGAAUAUCUGCACAGCGUCAGGGCUGCAAUCUUAACGUAUACGCCCAAUGACCCAAGUGGAAAUGAGAAGGGCAACGAGAAGGAUCUGCCCUCUCACAGACUUGAAAUGGAAAUAGUGCCGAAGCCGUGGAAUCGAUCAUUUGUCCAAGCGAGAAAGAGGAUGAGCCUAAAUCUUCACUGUAUCAGCCGCCCUCUGCUGCAAAUGAUGAUUCUGUGGCAUAACCGUUACAAAGACGUCCGUCUGAUUGAUGUGGCAGAGUUGUGCAGCAGAGAGAAGUUCAUGGAGCUCUCUGAGUUUCAGCAGAUUGUCAGCCAGCAUCUUGAUCUCACCAAAAGAUUCCUCUUCGAAAAUUGGCUUUCUGACGUGCACAACAUGUUCUGCAUGGCAAACAUGCACAACCUGCUGGUUUCACUCAGCAAGAAGGGCAAACUUGAGUCUUUCUUCAACUCUGCAGCAGCUCUGAUGACCCUGCAGCUGCAGAAACUUACUCUCAACUCACUGAGUGACUACACAAGACUCAUUUCUAAGGAAAUGCAUUCAGACAGAGCUAGAGGGACAUCAGGCUUUGUUCUGCAUAUGAUCUUAGAGGACAGUGACAUCAAGUUUGAGCCAGAUUUAAGAGCUUAUGAGAAGGUCCUGGUUAGCGUGUUUGAGCUCAUGCUGAGUUCCACCAGAAGUAUACCACGAAUAGAAACAACAUUGUUCCCUGAUUGGGAAGAAUCCCAUCUUGGAAAAACCUUGAAGCCCAUCAUCCUCCCAGAGAUCAUUCAGCCCCAGCAGGAGGAGGUGUGCAGAGCAUUCUGGGCUGAGACUGACAGGCCCAAAGAGUACAUCCACCAGUAUGACCAGUAUGCCAUGCUGAUGUCCAGGCAGGCAGAGGAGAAGGUGGAGCAGUUCCUCAGUCAACGGAGAUCCUUCCAAGACAUUAUGGAAGAGGCCAUCCGCUAUCAGCAGCUUGCUGAUGAGAUUCAGUACAUGCCCUGCAAAGUGGUACAGCUCGGCAUGUUUGAGGUCCGGUCCCACAAGCUCCUCCGCUCUUUGGUCAACCGUGCUCAGGAGCUCAAGCAUAAACUGGCUAUGCAGAUGUUACAGGACCAUCAGGAAAUCAGCAGGAACCUCUGCACAGAGUUUGAGAAGAUUUCAGAGAAGGCUCUGAGCACGCCAGCUGAUACUCUGACACUGAUGGAGCUAAAGGCCUACAUGCAGAAGGUUUUGACCACAGAGAUGCCUCGCCUGGAGCAGCAACUGGCUGAUUCCAACAGACAGCUGUGUUCCAUAAUGGACUUUGUCACCCUUUCACCAGAAGAUCUGGAGCUCAACGCUCAAACCGUUCACUGGUUUCAGCGUAUGCCGUCCAUAUUUGAGGAACACGAGCACAUGGCUAUUGCGAAGACAGAACUUUACCAGUCUGGACUCAAGUUGCACCGGGAGCGUUUUAUGGAGGAACUGGUGAACUACAGUAUGCAGAUGAAGGAGUUUCUUGGUUUUGGUGAGCUGUCAGAUCUCAGCAAGUAUCUGAAGAAAGCACAGGCCCUCAAUGCCAGGCUGGACUUAGCCAGUGAGAAGAUAAACGAGCUUAAUCUGGAAGAAGAGGCCUUCGGCUGGCCUGUGUCGCAGUAUCCACUUCGGACACUGAUCCAGGAAAAACUUACACCAUUUCUGCGCCUGUAUGAGACAGCCUCUGACUUCCUGACGCACGAUGAGCAGUGGCUCUGUGGGCCACUCUCUGCCGUCAGUCCAGAUAAGGUGGAGUUAGAGGUUGGAAACUAUUGGCGCACGAUAUACAAGCUGGAGAAAGGCUUCAGUGAGGUUCCCAAUGCACUGAAAAUAGCCAGAACUAUAAAGGCUAAGGUGGAGAGUUUCAGGGACCACAUUCCCAUGAUUCAGGUAUUGUGCAACCCAGGUCUGCGUACACGCCACUGGGACGCCAUGUCAGAGCUGGCCGGCUUUUCCCUGCACCCUGUUGACGAGCAGGUAUGCGUGGCUCAGUACCUGGUCAUGCAGCUGGAGCAACAUCUGAGCAGCUUCGACGGCAUCAGCGAGGCAGCUAGCAAGGAGCACUCUCUGGAGAAGGCCCUGGAGAAGAUGAGCAGCGAGUGGUGUUUCAUGGAGUUCAGUCUGUUGGCUUAUCGAGAAACAGGAACCUUCAUCCUGUCGUCUGUGGAGGAGAUCCAGCUGCUGCUGGAUGAUCACCUUGUGAAGACACAAACCAUGAGGGGCUCACCCUUCAUUAAGCCUUUUACAAAAGAGAUACGGGAGUGGGAGGCCAAGCUGCUGCUUCUGCAGGAGAUCCUGGAUGAAUGGUUAAAGGUGCAGUUCACCUGGCUCUACCUGGAGCCCAUCUUUAGCUCCCCAGACAUCAUGGUGCAGAUGCCUGAGGAGGGACGGCAUUUCACAACCGUGGAUAAAACAUGGAGGGAGACCAUGAUGCAGGUUUCUUUGGACAGACAUGUUUUAUCUGUGGUGGCAAUCGACAACAUGCUGGUGAGGCUAAAACAGUCAAACGAAUUCCUGGAAAGUAUCCUCAAAGGUCUGAAUAACUACUUGGAGAAGAAACGUCUCUAUUUUCCUCGAUUUUUCUUCCUGUCCAAUGAAGAACUUCUGGAGAUUCUCUCAGAGACCAAAGACCCCACAAGAGUGCAGCCCCAUCUGAAGAAGUGCUUUGAAGGCAUUGCCAGUGUGGUGUUCACUGAUGUGCUGGACAUCAGCCAUAUGAAGAGCAGUGAAGGUGAAACGGUGCAGCUCCUGGACAUGAUUUCCACCUCCAGAACCAGGGGUCAGGUGGAGAAAUGGCUUCUUGAACUGGAGAAAGGCAUGGUUGUUUCCUUACAAAAGGUAAUUGGAGAUGCAAUCAAUGCCUACCCAAAUGAGCAGAGGAUGAACUGGGUCCGUGCCUGGCCAGGCCAGACUGUGCUGUGUGUCUCACAGGUCUACUGGACCAAGGAUAUCCAUGAAGCUCUUGCUUCAGGACCGAAGGCCAUGGAUGCCUACCUGGCACAGAACAAUAGACAGAUUGAUGACAUCGUGGCUCUGGUUCGUGGAAAGCUGUCCAAGCAGAACCGGGUGACCCUUGGAGCCCUUGUUGUUCUGGACGUCCAUGCCAGGGAUGUUUUAGCAACCCUUGUGCAUAAAGGAAUAUGUGACGAAAAUGACUUUGAGUGGCUGAGCCAGCUGCGGUACUACUGGGUGGAAGGUCAUCUUCAGACCAAGAUGAUCAAUGCUGGUUUACCUUAUGGCUAUGAAUACCUGGGCAACACACCAAGGCUGGUUAUUACUCCACUCACUGACCGCUGUUACCGUACUUUGUUUGGUGCCCUCCACCUCCAUUUGGGUGGGGCCCCUGAGGGCCCUGCAGGCACAGGGAAAACAGAGACCACCAAAGACUUGGCCAAAGCUGUUGCUAAGCAGUGUGUGGUUUUUAACUGCUCAGAUGGACUGGACUACAUCGCACUGGGCAAAUUCUUCAAAGGCCUUUUGUCCUGUGGAGCCUGGGCCUGCUUUGAUGAAUUUAACCGUAUCGACCUGGAGGUGCUGUCUGUGGUGGCCCAGCAGAUUCUCACCAUCCAGAGAGGCAUCGCUGCUCACACUGAAAUGCUGGUUUUUGAGGGGACAGAGCUGAAACUGGACCCCUCGUGUGCUGUAUUCAUCACCAUGAAUCCUGGCUACGCUGGACGCUCAGAGUUGCCAGACAACCUCAAGGCUUUGUUCAGGACUGUAGCUAUGAUGGUGCCGGAUUACGCCAUGAUUGCAGAGAUUGUGCUUUACUCCUGUGGUUUCGUGACGGCACGGCCUCUUUCAGUGAAAAUCGUGGCCACUUAUCGACUGUGUUCAGAGCAGCUGUCCUCCCAGAGUCACUACGACUAUGGCAUGAGAGCUGUCAAAUCUGUGCUGACUGCUGCAGGAAACCUGAAGCUGGCUUUUCCAGAUGACAAUGAGGACACCCUGUUGCUGAGAUCCAUCAUCGAUGUCAAUCUGCCAAAGUUCCUGGCUCAUGAUCUGAAGCUUUUUGAGGGUAUUACCUCUGAUCUCUUCCCGGGUGUUGAGCUCCCAGAACGAGACUAUUACAUUCUCCUGGAGGCCAUUAAGGAAAACUGCCAGCUCAUGAACCUUCAAGUCACCAAGUUCUUUGCUGAGAAAAUCUUGCAGAUCUAUGAGAUGAUGAUUGUAAGGCAUGGCUUCAUGGUCGUAGGUGAACCCUUUGGAGGAAAAACCAGUGCCUACUGUGUUUUGGCUGCAGCUCUUCGGGACAUCUUUAAAAAGGGUCUGAUGGAUGAGAACCAGGUACAGAUCACAGUUAUCAACCCCAAAUCUAUUACCAUGGGCCAGCUGUACGGGCAGUUUGACCCAGUUUCUCAUGAGUGGACUGAUGGGAUCCUCGCUGUCAGCUACAGAUGCUUCGCGUCCUCCAAGAGCCCUGACAGAAAGUGGCUGAUCUUUGAUGGUCCAGUCGAUGCCGUGUGGAUCGAGAACAUGAACACUGUGCUGGAUGACAACAAGAAGUUGUGUCUGAUGAGUGGGGAAAUUAUCCAAAUGUCGCCACAGAUGAGCCUAAUUUUUGAGCCCAUGGACCUGGAGGUGGCAUCUCCAGCCACGGUGUCUCGCUGUGGUAUGAUCUACCUGGAGCCCCACAUGCUUGGCUGGAGACCCCUCAUGCUGUCUUGGCUCAACACUCUGCCAGCUACGAUCAAUGAGACACACAAAACUCUCAUCACUGCCCUCUUUGACCGCAUUCUGCCUACCUGCCUACAGCUCAUUCGAAAGACGAUGAAGGAGCUGUCCCCGACCUCUGACACCAAUCUGGUCAAGUCCCUGAUGAAUCUGAUGGACUGCAUGAUGGAUGAGUUUCACGACCAAGCAGCAAUUAAGAGCCUGAGUGAAAACAAUAUUUGCUCCUGGUUGGAGGGCAUCUUUGUGUUCUGCCUGGUGUGGUCAGUGGGUGCAAGCUGUGACGAUUCGGGCCGAGAGAAGUUCGAUUCUGUGGUGAGAGAGAUGCUUAGCGGCCCUUUAAGCAAAGAGACAAUGACCCGUCAUGGCAUUCUGGACAGUCCUGAAGCUUCACCAGAACCUCUGACAGUUCCUCUACCGACUGACGGUACAGUCUACCAGUACCGCUUCAUUAAAGAGGGCCCAGGCAGGUGGGAGCUCUGGACAGACCAAUUAAAGACUGCACCCCCCAUAAGCAGAGACAUGCAGUUCAAUGAGAUUAUCGUGCCCACUGAGAACACUGUACGCUACAUGGCGCUCAUGGAGCUCCUUGUUACUCACCAGAAGCCGACUAUUUUCAUUGGCCCCACUGGCACUGGGAAGAGUGUCUACAUAACUGACUUCCUGUUGAAUAAGCUGCAGAAGGAAGAGUACAGCCCAUUAUUUAUCAGCUUCUCAGCCCAGACCACAGCAGCCCAGACCCAAAACCUCAUAAUAUCUAAGUUAGAUAAGCGACGCAAAGGAGUGUUUGGGCCUCCGCUGGGAAAGAAAAUGGUGGUUUUUGUAGAUGAUGUUAACAUGCCAGCCAGGGAGGUUUAUGGUGCUCAGCCCCCAGUGGAGCUCCUGCGUCAGUGGUUGGACCACUGGAACUGGUAUGACAUGAAGGACUGUUCCAUGAUAAGCCUGAUGGAUAUCCAAAUCAUGUGUGCCAUGGGGCCACCAGGUGGUGGAAGGAAUCCUGUCACACCUCGUUUCCUGCGCCAUUUUAACAUGAUCACCAUAAAUGAAUUUGAUGAGAAGACCAUGUUUACAAUCUUCUCCAGGAUCACAGAGUGGCAUUUCUCUACACGGUUUUUCUUCCCAAAGCCAUUUGCAGCUCUGACCUCUGAGAUAGUCAGCAGCACUUUAUCUGUGUACCAGGAGGCAAGCAAGAACCUUCUACCAACACCCACAAAGUCCCAUUAUUUGUUCAAUCUGCGUGAUGUCUCCCGGGUCAUUCAGGGCAUCUGCCUGUCAAGGCCAGAAAAUGCAGAAGAACCGUCUGUCAUCAGAAGACUCUGGGUCCAUGAGGUUCUCAGGGUGUACUGUGAUCGGUUGGUCCACGACUCUGAUCGAUCCUGGCUUGUUAGCCAUUUGCAGGUCGUGUUUCAGGAUCACAUGAAGGAAAACUUUCACCAGCUCUUCCAGCAUCUGGACCAGGACGAGGAUGGAGUUGUGACUGAGGACGACCUGCGCAGCCUCAUGUUUUGUGAUUUCCAUGACCCCAAGGGGGAGGACCGGAACUACCGUGAGGUCCAGGACCUGGAGAAGCUGCGUCCGGUGGUGGAGUCGUACCUGGAAGAGUACAACAACAUCAGUAACGCACCCAUGAAGCUGGUGUUGUUCCGCUUCGCAAUCGAGCACCUCUGCCGCAUUUCCCGCAUCGUCAAGCAGCCAAGAGGGCAUGCCCUGCUGGUGGGAGUGGGUGGCAGCGGGCGGCAGUCACUCACCCGGUUAGCAGCCUACAUGGCAGAUGCUGAGCUGUUUCAGGUUGAAAUCACCAAGACCUAUGGGACCAAUGAAUGGCGUGAUGACCUCAAACUAAUCCUGAGGAAGUCCACCCAGGGAGAAGCUCAUGGCGUGUUCCUCUUCACUGACACUCAGAUCAAAAUGGAAUCCUUUCUGGAGGACAUUGGCAACCUGCUCAACACCGGGGAGGUACCCAACCUGUUUGCUGUGGACGAGAAGCAGGAAAUCUGUGAAAGAAUGCGUGUGCUGGACCGCCAGCGUGAUCGAGGCAAACAGACAGAUGGCAGCACCUUAUCCCUGUUCAACAUGUUCUUAGAGCGCUGCCGUACACAGCUGCACGUGGUGCUGGCCAUGAGUCCCAUCGGAGAUGCCUUCAGGGACCGCUUAAGACGAUUCCCCGCCCUCAUUAACUGCUGCACCAUUAACUGGUUUCAGACUUGGCCUGAGGAUGCCCUGCAAGCGGUGGCUGAUCGCUUCCUGGAGGAUGUUGAGAUGACAAAUCAGACCCGAGAAGGUUGCAUCCACAUGUGCAAGAGCUUUCAUACAUCCACUAUUGAGCUGUCGGCUCGAUUUCUGCUUGAACUGCAGCGUCACAACUAUGUCACUCCAACUUCAUACCUGGAGCUCAUUUCCACCUUCAAAGCUCUGCUGAGUACUAAAAGGGCUGAGGUGAUGAAACUUAAACAUCGCUACGAAGUUGGUCUUGAAAAGCUGCAGUCAGCUGCAGACCAGGUGGCGACCAUGCAGAUUGAACUGGAAGCUUUGCAGCCACAGCUGCUUGUGGCCAGCAAACAGGUAGAUGAGAUGAUGGUGGUGAUUAAACGUGAAUCCAAGGAGGUAGCUGAGACUGAGAAGGUGGUGAAAGAGGAUGAGGCUGUCUCCAACCAGCAAGCCAUGGCUGCCAAGGCCAUAAAGGAUGAGUGUGAUGCUGACCUGGCUGAGGCCACUCCUAUCCUGGAAUCGGCUCUGGAUGCAUUGAAUACUCUCACCCCUCAGGAUAUCACACUGGUGAAGUCCAUGAAAAACCCACCCCCAGCUGUUAAGCUGGUUAUGGAGGCAAUUUGCAUUCUUAAAGGUGUCAAACCAGACCGAGUGCCGGAUCCCUCUGGUUCUGGUAAAAAGAUAGAGGACUACUGGGGCCCAGCCAAAAAGCUUUUGGGUGACAUAAGGUUUCUUCAGAGCCUCUAUGAGUACAAUAAGGACAACAUUCCAGCAAACCUAAUGGCCGUCAUUCGCCAAAGGUACAUCACCAACCCAGACUUUGUACCAGAGAAGAUUAGAACCGCAUCCACUGCAGCUGAGGGCAUGUGCAAGUGGGUUUGUGCCAUGGACAAGUACGAUACAGUGGCCAAGGUGGUUGCUCCGAAGAAAGCCAAACUUAAAGAAGCUGAAGAGGAGCUGAAGGUGGCCAUGGAUGCCCUGCACAUUAAGCAGGCCGCCCUCAAAGAAGUCCAAGAUAAGCUUUCAAAGCUUCAAGAGACUUUGGAGGCAAAUAUGAGCAAAAAAGCUGAUCUGGAGAACCAGGUGGAUCUGUGCAGUAAGAAACUAGAGCGUGCUGAGCAGCUGAUUGGAGACCUAGGUGGAGAGAAGACUCGCUGGAGUCAAAUGGCCUUCAGUCUGGGAAAGCUCUAUAAUAAUCUGACUGGGGACAUCCUCAUCUCAGCAGCCAUAGUGGCUUACCUGGGAGCCUUCACAUCCAACUACAGACAGGUUCAGAUGGAGAAGUGGAUUAAGCUGUGUAAGAGCAUAGACAUCCCAUGUUCCACCAACAUGUCCCUCGUGAACUCACUGGGUGACCCAGUAAAGAUCCGAGCAUGGACCAUUGCUGGCCUCCCUUCAGACAGCUUCUCCAUAGACAACGGCAUCAUGAUAUCCAAUGCCAGGCGAUGGCCCCUGAUGAUUGAUCCCCAAGGCCAGGCCAACAAGUGGGUGAAAAACAUGGAGAAAGCCAACAGCCUGCAUAUCAUCAAACUUAGUGACUCCGACUUUGUGCGCACUCUGGAAAACUGCAUCCAGUUCGGAACUCCAGUGCUGCUGGAGAACAUUGGUGAGGAGCUGGAUCCCAUCUUGGAGCCUCUUCUGCUCAAACAGACCUUCAAACAGAGCGGGGCAUUGUGCAUCCGGCUGGGAGACACAACUAUCGAAUAUGCUCCCGAUUUCCGCUUCUAUAUCACCACAAAACUACGCAACCCUCACUUCCUACCUGAGACAUCUGUGAAGGUGACCCUGCUGAACUUCAUGAUCACCCCUGAGGGCAUCCAGGAUCAGCUGCUGGGGAUUGUGGUGGCUCGGGAAAGGCCGGAUCUGGAGGAAGAGAAGCAAGCCCUAAUCCUCCAGGGUGCAGAAAACAAAAGGCAACUGAAGGAGAUAGAGGAUAAAAUCUUGGAGAUACUCUCAUCCUCUAAGGGCAACAUUCUGGAGGAUGAAACAGCCAUUAAGAUCCUGUCCUGCUCCAAGGUGUUAGCCAAUGAAAUCACAGAAAAACAGGCCAUAGCUGAGCAGACUGAGCAGAAGAUUGACAAGACCCGCAUGGGCUACAAACCCAUUGCAGUUCAUUCUGCCAUCCUGUUCUUCUCUAUUGCUGACCUGGCAAACAUUGAGCCGAUGUACCAGUACUCCCUGACCUGGUUUAUUAACCUCUUCAUUAGUUCCAUCGACAGCUCAGAGAAGACCGAAGACCUGGAGCAGAGAUUGGAGAUCCUGAGAGACCAUUUUACCUACGCACUGUAUGUCAACAUUUGCCGCUCCCUGUUUGAGAAGGACAAGCUGCUUUUUUCCUUCUGCCUCAGUGUCAGUCUGCUCAUGUACAACAAGCUGAUGGAUGAGGCAGAGUGGCGCUUCCUUCUUACAGGCGGCGUAGGCCUGGACAACCCUCACGUCAAUCCCUGCAGCUGGCUUCCGAAGAAGUCUUGGGAUGAAAUCUGUCGUCUGGAUGAGAUGGAACGUUUCAAAAACUUCCGUCAGGAUUUGGUGGAACUCCUCAGUGACUGGAAACAGGUUUACGACAGCCCGAACCCCCAUCAGACUCCCUUCCCAGGCGCGUGGCAGGAGAGGCUGAACCAGUUUCAGAAAAUGAUGGUGAUCCGUUGUCUCAGACCUGACAAGAUCGUCCCCAUGCUGCAGGAGUUUGUUUCAAGCAGGUUGGGCCAACCCUUCAUCGAACCUCCACCCUUCAACCUGAGCACAGCCUUCACAGACAGCAACUGCUGUGCUCCUCUCAUCUUCGUCCUGUCCCCCGGCUCAGACCCCAUGGCAGCUCUGCUUAAAUUCGGAGAUGAAAAGGGCUUUUCUGGUAACAAGCUCACCUCCCUGUCUUUGGGCCAAGGACAGGGUCCUAUAGCCAUGAAAAUGAUUCAGACAGGCAUUAAUGAGGGCACAUGGGUGGUUCUGCAGAACUGCCACUUAGCCACUUCCUGGAUGUCAACACUGGAGAGAGUUUGUGAGGCACUGGGCCCAGAUACAACCCACCCAGACUUCAGACUGUGGCUGACCAGCUACCCCUCGCCCACGUUUCCUGUAACGGUGCUCCAAAAUGGAGUCAAGAUGACCAAUGAAGCUCCAAAGGGUCUCCGCUCCAACAUCGCCCGCUCUUUUUUGAUGGACCCUAUCUCUGACCCUGAGUUCUUCAACAGCUCCAACAAGCCGGCUGUGUUCAAGAAACUGCUGUAUGGCUUGUGUUUCUUCCACGCACUGACCCAGGAAAGAAGGAAGUUUGGACCAUUAGGGUGGAACAUCCCAUAUGAGUUCAAUGAGACGGACCUGCGGAUCUCUGUGCAGCAGCUGCACAUGUUCCUGGAACAGUAUCAGGAAGUCCCAUUCGAUGCCCUGCGCUAUAUGACUGGGGAGUGUAACUACGGAGGACGGGUCACUGAUGACUGGGACAGACGAACCCUACGCACGAUCCUCUCUGUCUUCUACACUUCACAUAUUAUCGAGGACCCUGACUAUAAGUUUGAUGCCAGCGGGCUUUACUAUGCACCACCUGAGGGCGAUUACAACAGCUACUUAGAGUUUACAAAGUCGCUUCCUCUCAACCCGUCGCCAGAGAUUUUUGGCAUGAACGCGAACGCGGACAUCACCAAGGAUCAGGCCGAAACGCAGCUUCUGUUUGACAGCAUCCUGCUCACACAGUCCCGCUCUGCAGGCGGAGACGCCAAAUCCUCUGAUGACAUGGUGUUUGAAGUGGCAGCUGAUAUCCUGAGCAAGCUGCCUGCAGACUUUGACUUGGAGGCCGCGCUGAGGCGCUUUCCUACCAACUACAACCAGAGCAUGAACACGGUGCUGGUGCAGGAGAUGGGCCGUUUCAACAACCUGCUCUGCACCAUCCGGGAAUCCUGCAUCAACAUUCAGAAGGCCCUAAAGGGUCUGGUGGUGAUGUCAGCAGAGCUGGAGGAAGUCGUCAGCAGCAUCUUGAAGGGUCGUAUCCCCGGCAUGUGGAUGAAGAAGUCAUACCCCAGCCUGAAACCACUAGGAAGCUUUGUCAAUGACUUCCUCCAGCGACUCCAGUUCUUACAGGACUGGUAUGAUGAGGGUACGCCUGCUGUGUUCUGGAUAUCAGGGUUUUUCUUCACUCAGGCCUUCCUCACAGGCAGCCAGCAGAACUAUGCCAGGAAACACACCAUUCCCAUUGACCUGCUGGGCUUUGACUUCCAGGUCCUGGAUGACGGUCAAUACAUUCACCCUCCAGAGGAUGGUGUUUACAUCAGGGGUCUGUUCCUCGAUGGUGCUCGUUGGGACAGGGACACCAAACGUCUGGCAGAGUCCUUCUCCAAGGUGCUGCAUGACGCCAUGCCAGUGAUGUUGCUGAAGCCCAUGAAGCGACAGGAUGUUCCUCAGAGGAUGAGCUACCUGGCUCCUGUCUACAAGACCAGUGAGCGCCGAGGCACCCUGUCCACCACCGGACACUCCACCAACUACGUCAUCGCCAUGACGUUGAACUCUGACGUCCCUGCUGAGCACUGGAUCAGAAGAGGAGUCGCUCUGCUCUGCCAGCUCAGCUCGUAGCUGCAGCUGCAGCUUUGUUUCACUACCAAUAUGUGAAUAAAAUGUCCAACACA